AUGGCCCGACGGGCACAGGGCGACGGUUGGGCGACAUGGGGCGUGGCGGGAAGGCUGAGGGGCGAGGUGGGGAGGUGGCGCGGGGGCGGGGCGACCGAGCGGCAGGGUGGCAUGGUGGCAGGGCAGCGGCGGGGGGAGGGGUUCGUCCAAGCACAGCCCAGCAUGUCUAACCCAGCCGUCAAGCUGGCGAACCGGUGGUGGACGGGCCAUUUGGGCCUGCCGGAGCAGCCGUCCGGCUCGUCGGGCCCCAAUACCGAACCCCCUGCCAUCAAAGACCCGGAGCACAGCCCGGAAGGGGGGCCGCCGGCCGAACACGCCGAUGAGAACGAGUCCGGUGGAGGCGAGCCACGCGAGGGCGCCGUGGUCGUGGCUCCCAACCGGCGCCCCCGCGGCCGCCCGCCGGGCUCCAAGAACAAGCCGAAGCCGCCCAUCUUCGUGACGCGGGACAGCCCCAACGCGCUGCGCAGCCACGUCAUGGAGGUGGUCGGCGGCGCCGACGUGGCUGACGCCAUCGCGCAGUUCUCGCGCCGCCGCCAGCGCGGCGUCUGCGUGCUCAGCGGCUCCGGGACCGUGGCCAACGUCGCUCUGCGCCAGCCGUCCGCGCCCGGCGCCGUCGUCGCGCUCCACGGCCGCUUCGAGAUCCUUUCGCUCACAGGCACCUUCCUCCCGGGCCCCGCGCCGCCGGGAUCCACGGGGCUCACCGUGUACCUGGCCGGCGGCCAGGGGCAGGUGGUCGGCGGCAGCGUCGUCGGCUCGCUCAUCGCCGCCGGGCCAGUCAUGGUGAUCGCGUCCACGUUCGCCAACGCCACCUACGAGCGCCUGCCGCUCGACGAGGAGGAGGAAGGCCCGGCACCGCCGAUGCAGGGCGGGGCUGACCCGCUCAUGGGCGGUGGCCACGGGAUUGCCGACCCAUCGGCGCUGCCAAUGUUCAACUUGCCGCCGAACAACGGACAACUCGGCGGGGGAGACGGCUUCCCUUGGGCGCACCCGCGGCCACCGUACUGAUCGAUGGAAUGGAAUGCAAGCAAGCAAUAGGUAGCACGGCACAAAUGGCGGCACUGGCGUGCAUGGUUACUGUUCCAUUGGAGAUGGAGUGGCGCCAAUAGGUUAGUACAUAUGAUGAAGUGGUAAUUGAUUAGAGUACUUCAGUACUACUUUGUUAUCGUGAAAUUAUCAAAUGUGUGAUGUGUUUAUUGUACUUAAUUGAGCGAGCUAUAUAUAGCUUGCUCGGAUUUGUAUUGCAUGCAAUGUUUUUGAUUAUUUCUCA